CAGAGUAGUCGCCGAGCUGUCAAGGAGCACGAAUCCGGCGCGAGGAGGGAAAAGAAGCGAAGGCGCGCGCGGGGCGGCGGCGGAGGAGGAGGAGAGGAGCCCUUGCCUUGGACCCUAAGAGCAGCAGCAGCAGCAGAUUAAUACAAGCACCUAUUGCAAGAUACCAAUUUGGAUUUUAAUACUUGGAGCACCAUCUCUACUAAUACUUUAACAAUCACAUCAAUCUUUAAUUGGGGAGUCAAGAGCCGCAAAACUGCUGUCCACGUGGACUGGUGCUGACAUUUCUCGUCCAGCUGCGAGAGCCGCUCAGUCUAAACCUAGAGACAUGGCAACAAAUGGAACAAAAGUAGCUGAUGGACAAAUCUCCACAGAACUCAGUGAUGCCUCAAUCACCAAUGACAAGCCUAAGACAUUGGUAGUGAAGGUGCAGAAGACAAAAGGAGACAUUCCAGACAGAGACACCUGGAAGGGGAGAUUUGACUUUCUUAUGUCCUGUGUCGGCUAUGCUAUUGGCUUAGGAAAUGUGUGGAGGUUCCCUUACCUUUGUGGAAAAAAUGGAGGAGGGGCAUUCCUGAUUCCAUAUUUCCUUACUUUAAUAUUUGCUGGAGUUCCCCUGUUUCUUUUGGAAUGUUCACUUGGCCAAUACACGUCCAUAGGAGGUCUUGGAGUCUGGAAGCUUGCUCCAAUGUUUAAAGGUGUAGGAUUAGCUGCUGCAGUCUUGUCCUUCUGGCUUAAUAUUUACUACAUUGUGAUCAUUUCAUGGGCAAUAUAUUACUUGUACAACUCCUUUACCACAAAUCUUCCAUGGAGACACUGUGAUAACCCCUGGAACACAGACCACUGUUUCUCCAAUUACAGUAUAGCAAAUACUACCAACAUGACAAGUGCUGUUUUGGAAUUCUGGGAACGUAAUAUGCAUCAAAUGACAGAUGGACUAGAAAAACCAGGACAAAUUCGCUGGCCAUUAGCAAUUACUCUAGCAAUUGCUUGGAUUUUAGUGUAUUUCUGCAUCUGGAAAGGAGUAGGAUGGACUGGAAAGGUGGUAUACUUCUCAGCCACAUAUCCAUAUAUCAUGCUGCUGAUCUUGUUCUUCCGUGGGGUAACAUUACCUGGAGCAAGAGAAGGCAUUUUAUUCUAUAUAACUCCUAAAUUUGAGAAGCUAUCAGAUUCUGAGGUUUGGCUGGAUGCUGCCACCCAGAUCUUUUUCUCCUAUGGUUUGGGUCUUGGUUCAUUGAUUGCUCUUGGAAGUUACAAUCCUUUCAACAACAAUGUUUACAGGGAUUCUAUUAUAGUAUGCUGCAUAAACUCUUGCACAAGUAUGUUUGCUGGUUUUGUGAUAUUCUCCAUUGUAGGAUUUAUGGCUUAUGUCACCAAACGUCCUAUUGAAGAAGUUGCAAAAUCAGGUCCUGGGCUUGCAUUUUUAGCCUAUCCAGAAGCUGUGACCCAACUCCCUGUUUCUCCACUGUGGGCAAUACUUUUCUUCUCCAUGUUGCUCAUGCUUGGAAUUGACAGUCAGUUCUGUACCGUUGAAGGAUUCAUAACAGCUCUAGUGGAUGAAUUUCCAAGAUUGUUGCGUAGUCGAAGAGAAAUCUUCAUUGCCAUCGUGUGUGUUAUUUCUUAUCUGAUAGGACUGUCCAAUAUUACUCAGGGCGGGCUGUAUGUGUUCAAGCUCUUUGACUACUAUUCUGCAAGUGGAAUGAGUCUGUUAUUUCUUGUGUUCUUUGAGUGUAUCUCCAUAUCCUGGUGCUAUGGUGUAAACAGAUUUUAUGAUAACAUCCAGGAGAUGGUUGGGUACAGGCCCUGCAUCUGGUGGAAACUCUGCUGGUCUUUCUUUACUCCAAUCAUUGUGGCAGGAGUAUUUAUCUUCAGUGCUGUGCAAAUGACUCCUCUCACUCUGGGUGAUUACGUAUUUCCCAAAUGGGGUCAAGGAGUUGGAUGGUUCAUGGCUCUCUCAUCGAUGGUGCUGAUCCCAGGUUACAUGGCAUACAUGUUCCUUACCUUGAAAGGCUCCUUAAAACAGCGUAUCCAAGUAAUGAUUCAACCAAGUGAAGACAUUACUCAUCCUGAAAAUGGACCUGAACAAGCCCAGCAGAGCAACUCUGCAAACAAAGAAGCAUACAUAUAAUGCCUGGGUCAUGGAAAUGAUUCAAACCUUCCUCUGGGGGGCAAACACAAAUACACAAAUGAAACAUGGUUGAAAAUGACCACAAAUUUAUGUCUGAGAAUAAAAUUACCUACCUCUAGUGGCACAAAAGACCAUCACCACUAUAAGGGAAGCAAUGUGGGUAUGAUCAAACCAUUUUUGUGGGCUCAGUUAUUGACAAUGUUUGUGUUUUCUGGCAAUCCAUAGACUGUUAACAUUUUUAUUCUCUCACACAAAGAGUUGAAUAUCUUUGGGAUUUAUAGGCAACACAAGUAGGCCAUUUUUAAUCUACCUUUUAGUGCAACAAUUUAAAGUUUUGUGCAGCUGACUUUUAUUAAUAUUUUUCUUACUCUUUGAAUCCCAGACUGUUAUUUCUGAGAACAGUUAAAUUGGAAUGCUGUUUUGUAUUCACCAGCAAAGUAUUUUUUACAAGGAAAAUUUACAGUGACAACACUGCCCUAAAAGUAUUAACCAACUUCAUUCUUGGGUUGGUUUUUCUAAUUUUCUUGAAAGUCUCCUUACUUACAACAGUAUUUUAAAUCAUUCCUAUAUAAUUACCAUUAACAAACUAUUUCUAGAUAUACAGCACAGUUUAAACUGCACCACUACCUAUAUUUAUUGGGCCUCUAGAAUUUAAUAUUUUGCAUUAUUUUACAGUUAUUUGUUUUUAAGACUAUUUUCAGAAUAAGUACCUGUCAGAGUAUUUGGACAUUUUUUAAAAAGCAAAACAGAAAUGGUAAUAUGACUACAUUUUUAUUUCAAAUUGUGAUAAACCUCUUCUAAAGUUUGCCAUGUUUACAGCUGUACACAUUCUCAUUUAAAGCCAGGUUAUGUUUUUUCUUUAUGUUGCACCAUCAACAGGUGUAAUAUUUCAGCACCGAAACAGGACCAAAUUGCUUCUUGAUCAAAUGCCCCCCAAGGAAUAAAAUUUAGGGCUUUAAAAUGGGCACUGCUCUAGUCAGUCUGUUGAAGGUCUAUCGAAAAUAAAGUUUUGGUUUAGCAAAGCUAUUAUGAAGCACUUUGAAGAAAGAAUUUUAUUUUUAUGGUUUUACUUUGGGAUGUGUUUUUUGUGGUAAGGUGGUGAUGUGACUAAAUGGUCUUGCCAUAUGCAGUGUCACGCUGGGCUCGGGUCUGCAGUUUCCACACAGGCUUCUCUGGCUAAUAGGGCUUUUCCUGUGUAGAAAAUUGCAAACUUGAAGAGUCCAUAAUGGCAAUUCUUGUUGGCAGCUAUGAGAGAAGAGAGUGAGAAUCAUGGGGAAAGUGGUCUGUGAUAAUUUGAUUUUAAAUGACUGUGACAGAACUGUGCAAUGAAACAUGCUUUUCAGCAAAACCUUGUGCAACGUACUAUGUUAGAUAGCACACACUUUAUGUAGAACUUCUCUGUGAACAACCUGUUAACUGUGAAUGUUGGGUUUUUUUGUUGUUUUUGUCUGAAGGUGACAAACAUAUGUUCUUGCAAUAAGGUAUUAUUCUCAGAAUGUCAAGCACAUUAUUGUAGAAAAUAUAUAUAUACAUAUAUUUCAACCUAACAAAUAAAAAAUCUCAUAAAAAGAGUAAUGUUUAGUAGGUUCUAAACUGUUUCAUACAGUAGGUCAACUGUAACAUAUUCAGAAAUCUAUGAUACAUGCUAAAUGUCUAUAGAUGAACUUGCAAAUAAAUCCAAACAUCUUGUAGAUUUUCAGGGCUUAGAAGAACAAGAAAACUUGUCAUACUUCACAUGCUUCAUUAUACAUUAUAACUGUGAAUUCCAUUAGACUUAACGUACAAAUUCAAACUUUCUCUUUAUUGUUUAUGUAACCAAGUCCCAUGUUGUUCCAAGGAAAAUGCAGUAUUCAAUGUUUGAUUGUAGAACACUUAUGACAGAUGUUAGACAGAUUUGCUAUUUAGCAAAAUUCUGCACAAACUUAUCAUAUAUAGCACAAAAAUAGUGUUGUAGAACUGUGUGUAAACUGUGAAUAGCUGUAUCUUUUUGUAGUAUUUGCCCUUAAAAAAGAAAGAAUAUAUGAUCAUAUAUGAUUUUUGCAAUAAUGAAUUAUUCUCUAAACACCAAGCAAAUUUAUCUCUAUAUAAAAUAUAUAUGUAAUAUAUACACAUUCUAAAAUAUAUAUAGAGCCUGUUUUAAAAAAGAGAGAGUACAGUAUAAUUUAGAAAACUGCAACAUUCUAUGGACCAAAUGUAAAAUAUUUAUAAAUUAAGAUGCAUUUUAAAUGUCUAUAAAUGGUGUCCUAACUAAAGCACGGUUGUUAUGUAACUUUCCAAGAGAUUAGAAAAAAAUAAAGAUUAUAUUAUACAUUCUA